AUGGCAGACGGAAUUCACUCUACUGGCCGCGGAGGCGCUGGAAACAUCGGCCGCGAUGACACGCUCUACACCGAUGGUAACAUCAUCCGUGAGGGCUUUGUUGGCGAGUCCUCGAAGCCCGAAUACUCAUCCGGCCGCGGAGGUGCCGGUAACAUUGUCGAUUCUCCCAGAGUCAGACCAGUCGGCGACAAGACUCCCGUAUCAGAGGACAUCAUUCCUGAGCCCGCUAUGCGCAACUCUGCUGGCCAUGAUAACUUCCAUACUGGUCGUGGCGGUGAGGGAAAUGUCUACAAGGAGAAGUACGGAGGUCACAGCACACCACAGGAGAAGAAGGAAGAGAAGCCACACGAAAAGGAGAGCCUGGGCGACAAGGUCAAGCACCUUUUUGGCAAGAAAGACUAG